CGUAAUCGAUGAGGCGUUCAUCUAAGCCAUCACUGCGCGUUUCAAAGGCCUUACCUAAUCCGGCGGCUAGAUACGAGGGUUAGAACUUUUGAAAACUUUUUCAUGCGCUUUGGAUCUAAUUUAUUUAUCUGGGUAUGUAUCGGGAAUGACUUCCGUCUGUACCAAGGGCUCAUGACCUUGGGUGGUGAGUAAAGUCUGGUAAUCCCGUCAAUCAGAGUUCAUGUUAGGAAUUCACUUGGGAUUAUUGGAUGGUAUCGUCGAUAAAGGCCGACGAUGGACCGGAGAUGGCGUUUGGAUGACACACGUCCUAGAUCAUUUGGAGCUAUUGACAGAAAGUUUAGGAUGAGGUAGAUCUGUGUCAGAUUUUGAUACUUGAAGAAAACUAGGUGAUAACAUUUUCUCUAAAACAAAAGCGUCUGGUUUUCUCUUUGGAGAGGGAAAUUGAUCAGUCUGUCCAUAACCAUACGCAAUCCUUUACUCAGACAAUCCAAGACUCCUGAAAAUGGCAUCAGCAUCGUCCUCAUUAACAACAGGAAUACCAUCAAUCUCCAACACCAUCAGACAGGACCACGUCCAACUUCGCAACGAAUAUAACAAGAUCCUGGGCACGUUUGAUCCAGAGGAAAGAGUCAGAUGGCAGAACCAGUUUACUUGGGACCUGGCGCGGCAUUCAGUGGGUGAAGAGUUGGUUGUUUAUCCGGCUCUUGAGAAGAUCGUGGCGGAUGGGAAGAGGGUUGCCGAUAGGGAUAGGGAGGAUCAUCAGAUUGUAAAAGAAUACCUCUACAAAUUCCAAGCCCUCAAACCAACCGAUACCGAAUUCGAGCCUACCCUCCGCAAUCUCUGGGGCGAUCUGAGCGCACACAUACGCAAGGAAGAAGAGGAAGAUCUCAUCCAGCUAGAGAAUGGAUUAAGUGAACAGGAUUCACUCAAAUUGGCGGCGAAUUUUGCCAGAACAAAAAUGUUUGUGCCGACUAGGAGUCAUCCAAUGGCGCCGGAUAAGCCACCCUUUGAGACGGUCGCCGGGUUGUUGGCGGCGCCGAUGGAUAAGUUGGUGGAUAUUUUUAGGAGGUUUCCUGAGUAGAUUUAUAUGUGUGUAGGUGCCAUCUGGUGGUCUCGGGGCUAGGGCUAGGGCAUGGGCAUGGAAUGAGUUUUGCUGCAAAUGGAAAUUGUGUAACACAGUCUUAAUACUUGUUCGAAUAUCAUAACCCAUAAUUGGUCAUUC